GCGGCCGGCGGGGGGCUGGAGGGGGAGCAGUGUACUCGUGUCCCCACUGCGUCAGUGUUGUGGUGACGGCUCGCACUGUGUGUGUGUGUGUGUGUGUAGCGGCGGGGCAGUCAGGGGCCUGCACCUCACGUCCACUUCAACAGCGAGUAGCCUCGGCGUGGCCGGAGCAGGAACAGCGAGCGAGCGAGCAACCCGGAGCGAGAAUCGCCAGCCAGCGGGACCCGGAGCAGGAGCAAGAUCACAGAACAGGCGUUUACCGGGACCCGAACCAGUGACAGCGAGCGGACGGACGCUGCCAGUCAGUCACCGGGAGCAGUAACAGUCACAGUGAAGCGGCGUUCACAGUCGCCUGGACCCAGUGAGAGACAGCGAGCCAGAGCAGGAGAGGCUCCGGCUCCACACCUGUGGUCUCAGACCCCCCCACCCCACCCGGCAGUGCCGGCAAGAAUGGGCGCGGUAGUGGGCACGUUAUCGCUGCAGUCCAGGCAAAGAAGACAUUCGCGAGACAAAUUAGAAGAUGAGCUGGAAAUGCACACGGUCUGCCAUCGGCCUGAAGGCUUAGGACAGCUGCAGGCACAAACCAACUUCACCAGGGGAGAGAUCCAGGUGCUGUACAGAGGAUUCAAGAACGAAUGUCCCAGUGGUGUUGUUAGCGAAGAUACUUUUAAACAAAUAUACUCUCAAUUUUUUCCACAUGGAGAUGCCAGCAUGUACGCCCACUACCUCUUCAAUACGUUUGACAGCACUCACAAUGGAGCCAUCAAAUUUGAGGACUUUGUGAUGGCUCUUUCGGUGUUGCUGAGAGGAACGGCUCAUGAGAAGCUGACAUGGACCUUUAAUCUGUAUGACAUUAACAAGGAUGGAUUUAUCAAUAAAGAGGAGAUGACGGACAUUGUGAGGGCCAUCUACAGCAUGAUGGGGAAGUGCACAUAUCCCGUGCUCAAGGAUGACGCUCCAAGGCAUCACGUGGACACCUUCUUUCAGAAAAUGGACAAAAACAAAGAUGGUGUGGUGACUCCGGACGAGUUUAUAGAAUCCUGCCUUAUGGAUGAAAAUAUCAUGAGAUCCCUACAGCUUUUUGAAAACAUUAUGUAGCAUUUCAGAUCGUCCCAGUGUGGCAGACUGCAACUGGAGACAGCAUCAUGGUGUUGCCUGGUCUUCAGCUGGUCCAUGUGUCCUGUUGAGCAAAGGUCUGGAAUCUAACCUGGAAGCAAUUUCUAGACAGUGAUUUUCUAUUGCGUGCCUGUGGAGUGUCAAGAAACUCGUAAAGAACCAUUUUGUUCCAUUUUGUAAAGCAUGCUGUGAAAGUUUGUAAACCAUGAAGCCAUGAUUUAUCUGUCAUCACUUGUGUAUCUUGAGUCUGAUGUGUACUGCUUCCAAAUACACUGUGAACACAAGCACUACAUUGGACCUCA